GCCUUCUCCGUGCGGGGCCUGGAGCGCGUACCUAGAGGCCGGCCUUGCCUGCUCCCAGGAAAGUAUGUGAUGGUGAUGGGCGUGGUUCAGGCCUGUAGCCCUGAGCCCUGCCUACAGGCUGUGAAGAUGACGGAUCUUUCUGACAAUCCCGUCCACGAAAGCAUGUGGGAACUGGAGGUGGAAGACUUACACAGGAGCAUCCCUUAGAGCUGGGACCCUUUAAGAACAGCUUUCCUCCUGAAGUCCUUUACCACCAAGUGGGGCUCCAGGACAUCACAAAGGUUUCAUGAAGAGAUUUGCUUUACUGGAGCCAGAUGUGCACACCCUGGGAGCUGGAGCUUCUGUUAACUCUGCCUCCUCACUUCCCAGGGCUUUGGCUGCUUGUGGAUGAGAAGCAGAUGAUGCUCCAAGCUUUUCCCUUUUUGUCACUCAUGUGUGUUCAUUUUUCUCUCUCUAAAACACAUGGAGAUCUCAUGUUGCUAUCCCUGAUGUGUCAAGUGAUAACACUUUCUUCUUGAUUGUAGCCCGUUUUAAGAUGCAAAAUCUGAAUUUCAGUUCUUGCCAGUGGGAUUAAAGUUAUGGGACAUGAGGACAGAA